CCGGCCUCCUGCCGCGGUGCCGCCCAGCCCGGCGACACCCUCGUCCCCUGGCGCGACUUGGACUCGACUUUUGCCCGGAGCACCAGGCCUCCCCACGCCGCACCCACGGUCAUGAUGCUCCCCGGGGUCCGGGCGCGCGGCUGGGUGGCAGCGGCCAAAGCUGCCCUGAGGCGCCACCGAGCGGACGGAGAGGGGGAACACCGGCGCCCCGCAGCUCGGGGCCAGCGCGCGGCGCUGUACGUGCACUGGCCGUACUGCGAGAAGCGCUGCAGCUACUGCAACUUCAACAAGUACAUCCCCCGCGGAGUGGAGGAGGCGGCGGUCCGGAGCUGUCUGGUGACCGAGGCCCAGACACUGCUGCGGAUUAGCGGGGUGCGGCGGGUGGAAUCAGUGUUCUUCGGUGGGGGCACCCCCAGCCUGGCCAGUCCCCGCACUGUGGGAGCUGUCCUGGAGGCCGUGGCACAGGUAGCCCACUUGCCUGCAGAUACAGAGGUCACCUUGGAGGCUAACCCCACCUCGUCCCCAGGCUCCAGGCUGGCAGAGUUUGGGACAGCAGGGGUCAACAGGCUGUCCAUCGGCCUCCAGUCCCUGGAUGACGCCGAGCUCCGGCUUCUGGGGCGCACUCACUCGGCCUGCGAUGCUCUGCGGACCCUGGCGGAGGCCCGGCGCCUCUUCCCUGGGCGCGUCUCCGUGGACCUAAUGCUGGGACUCCCAGCGCAGCGGGUGGGGCCGUGGCUGGGACAGCUGCAGGAACUGCUGCGCCACUGCGACGACCACGUCUCCCUCUACCAGCUGACCCUGGAGCGGGGCACUGCACUCUUCGCCCAGGUGCAGCAGGGGGCCCUGCCCGCCCCUGACCCCGAGCUCGCCGCCGAGAUGUACCAUAAGGGACGGGUAACCCUUCAGGAAGCCGGCUUCCGCCAGUAUGAGGUCUCCAACUUCGCCCGCAAUGGGGCGCUCAGCACCCACAAUUGGCAGUACUGGCAGUGCGCUCAGUACCUUGGCGUCGGGCCUGGGGCCCAUGGGCGGUUCCUGCCCCAGGGCGCCCGGGGCCACAGCCGGGAGGCUCGGAUCCAGACCCUGGAGCCCGACAACUGGAUGAAGGAAGUCAAACUGUUUGGGCACGGCACCCGGAAGCGGGUCCCACUGGGUGAGCUGGAGCUGCUGGAGGAAGUGUUGGCCAUGGGGCUCCGCACAGACGUGGGGCUCACCCACCAGCACUGGCAGCAGUUUGAGGCCCAGCUGAGUCUGUGGGACGUGUUUGGGACAAGCAAGGAGGUGCAGGAGCUGCAGGAGCAGGGCUUCUUGCUGCUGGAUCACAGAGGUCUCCGCUGCUCCUGGGAUGGGCUGGCUGUGCUGGACUCCCUGUUGCUGACCCUCCUUCCUCGACUCCAAGAGGCCUGGCAGCUGAAAUGCUCCUCCCCUGUGCCUGGAAGAUGACACCACCAGCCCCUGCCCCGUCUGUACCAAGCAGUGUCAAGGGGGCCCGGGGGGCUGUAGACAACUACAUAUAUCUCCCCACUGCC